AUCGAUAUAUCGAUAUCGUCUCCGUCUGACGACCCGUUUUACGAUAGGAUAGCAAAAAAAAGUGCAAAAAACUAAAUUCUCGGCGUAAUUAAUUAGUAAAUAGCGUAGUUAAGUAGCAGCCAGCACCAACACCAACACCUCCUCAUCCAUCCAUCCCCAGACGGACCCAGGAUCCAGACCCAGUCGAGAUGUCGCUCAAGCCCAAGAUAGUGGAGUUUGUCGAUGUUUGGCCGCGCCUGCGCUGCAUCGCCGAGUCGGUGAUAACGCUCACCAAAGUGGAGCGCUCGGUGUGGAACACAAGCUUCAGCGACGUUUACACGCUGUGCGUGGCGCAGCCGGAACCGAUGGCCGAUCGCCUCUACGGCGAGACAAAGCACUUCCUGGAGCAGCACGUCCAGGAGAUGCUGGCCAAGAAGGUGCUGAUCGAGGGCGAGGGCUCCAACGCCCACGGCGGCCCGGAUCUCCUCCAUCGCUACUACACCACCUGGAUGGAGUACAGCCAGGGCAUCAAGUAUCUGCACCAGUUAUACAUCUACCUAAACCAGCAGCACAUCAAGAAGCAGAAGAUCACCGACACGGAAUCGUUCUACGGCAACCUGUCCAGCGACGCUGCAGAGCAAAUGGAGAUCGGCGAACUGGGACUGGACAUCUGGCGCUUGUAUAUGAUCGAGUAUCUGUCCAGCGAACUGGUGCGCCACAUUCUCGAGGGGAUCGCCGCCGACAGGGCCAGCAAUGGCACCUUGGAUCAUCACCGCGUGCAGAUUAUCAACGGGGUGAUACACAGCUUCGUGGAGGUUCAGGACUACAAGAAGACGGGUUCGCUCAAGCUCUACCAGGAGCUCUUCGAAGGCCCCAUGCUGGACGCCAGUGGCGCCUACUACACAGACGAGGCCAACAAGCUGCUGCAGCGCUGCUCGGUGUCGGAGUACAUGCAGGAGGUUAUCCGGAUACUGGAGUACGAGAGCCGAAGAGCCCAGAAGUUUCUGCAUGUCAGUUCCCUGCCGAAGCUGCGCAAGGAGUGCGAGGAGAAGUUCAUCAACGAUCGCCUGGGCUUCAUCUACUCGGAGUGCCGAGAAAUGGUGUCCGAGGAGCGGCGCCAGGAUCUGCGCAACAUGUACAUCGUCCUGAAGCCCAUACCCGACAACCUGAAGUCCGAGCUCAUCACCACCUUCCUCGAGCACAUCAAAAGCGAGGGUCUGCAGACCGUGUCCGCGCUCAAGGGCGAGAACAUUCACAUUGCGUUCGUGGAGAACAUGCUGAAGGUGCACCAAAAGUACCAGGAGCUCAUCGCCGACGUCUUCGAGAACGAUUCUCUCUUCCUCAGCGCGUUGGACAAAGCGUGCGCCAGCGUCAUCAAUCGCCGGCCAACCGAGCGGCAGCCGUGCCGCAGCGCCGAGUAUGUGGCCAAAUACUGUGAUACGCUACUGAAGAAGUCCAAGACCUGCGAGGCGGAGAUCGACCAGAAGCUCACCAACAAUAUAACCAUCUUUAAGUACAUAGAGGACAAGGAUGUUUACCAGAAGUUCUACAGCCGGCUGUUGGCCAAGCGGCUCAUUCACGAGCAGAGUCAGAGUAUGGAUGCGGAGGAGGGAAUGAUCAAUCGGUUGAAGCAAGCCUGCGGAUAUGAAUUCACCAAUAAACUUCAUCGCAUGUUCACGGAUAUUUCUGUAUCUACAGAUCUAAACAACAAGUUUAAUACUCACCUAAAGGAUAACAAUGUGGAUUUAGGCAUCAAUCUCUCGAUUAAGGUACUGCAGGCGGGCGCUUGGCCUUUGGGAUCCACACAAGUUAUUCCAUUUGCAGUACCGCAGGAAUUUGAGAAAUCAAUUAAAAUGUUUGAGGACUAUUAUCAUAAACUGUUCAGUGGUCGCAAGCUGACUUGGCUGCAUCACAUGUGCCAUGGAGAACUAAAGCUGAGCCAUUUGAAAAAAUCCUACAUUGUGACAAUGCAAACAUACCAGAUGGCGAUAAUCCUGCUGUUCGAGACGUGCGAUAGCCUCAGUUGUCGGGAGAUUCAGAACACACUGCAGCUGAAUGACGAAACGUUUCAGAAGCACAUGCAGCCUAUGAUCGAGUCAAAGCUGUUGAAUGCCAGCUCAGAGAAUCUCGCCGGGGAGACUCGAAUAGAAUUGAAUUUGGAUUACACAAAUAAGCGUACAAAGUUUAAGAUUAGUUCGGCUUUGCAGAAGGAAACGCCACAGGAGGUGGAACACACGAUCAACUCUGUGGAUGAGGACCGAAAACUGUUCCUGCAAGCCGCCAUCGUCCGAAUUAUGAAGGCGCGCAAAGUCCUGAAGCACAACGCGCUGAUACAAGAGGUGCUCUCUUUAUCGAAGGUUAGCUUUACGCCCAAUAUUGCAAUGAUCAAGAAAUGCGUGGAAUCGUUAAUUGACAAACAAUAUAUCGAGCGAACUGCGAACUCUGGCGAUGAAUACAGCUACAUGGCCUAGACUGGAAGAGAUUAUUUAAUCUAAAGUAACUGCAAACUCCCCAGACUACAAUCCCCCAAACACACAAUAAGAAAUUGUUAACCAAGCGGCUUAAUUUGUCUUAAAACACCUCAUAAAUAGACAGGAUUUUAGCAAACUACUAACAUCCGUAUGUUUACAAUAUUCUUUAAAAAGCAAAACGAAACAAAAGAGUGGUCAAGCAAUUUGGAUUUUGUUUUUUUAUGAUCUUAGCUUAUUGGAAUGAAAGAUGUGUGGCGAUCGAAAGAUGUUACUGAUACUUUUAAUUUAGUUUAGUUAGUUGCCCCAUUUUGAUUUAAUGCGUGUGUCCUGUAUAAUUGUAGAUAUAUUCCUUUUAUGUAUUGUAUAUUUAUCUGGUUUUAUGCACACACGCACAAAGCAGAACGAAUUGCUGGAAAAUGUAAAAUAAAAACCGAAAACAAAUUUUCAAAUUCAAUGCUAAAUAUUA